CAGCCUUGGCCACACCGGGAGAGAAAGGGAAGCCCACCAGCGACGGCGGGGACGCGCUUUGCGAUCUACACGCAGACUGAAAUAAUCUACAAAACAUAAUGAAAUAUGUAGCGUGGAAAGGCUUUCCCAAAAAAUAAUUUCCACUCAUCCUGACUGGUGAGCAUCAAAGGGGCAAUCAGAAUAUGAGAAGAUCAAAACUUCUGUAGUGUCUGUUAACGCAACAGACUGGAAAGCUCCACUUUGUGCUUCCUUAUGAGAAAUGAAUAUAAAAUUGCAGCUCAUUGAAGAAAAGUUAACCCCAAGUUGUGAAAAAUGCUUGAGAAACGGUAGCCCCGAAGGUCAACCACCCAUUUCAUUAAUGACUCAUAUGGACCAUGCAGGGGAGUAAGAAACACGGGGAUGGACAGAGUGAUUCCUCCAGCAUUGGGAGUCUGCUGGAUGACACUGACAGAGAAGUGUGCAGCCUCACCGACCGAGCUUUCAAAAGUCUGUGCGUGGCUGAGCUUCAAACCCCUUACACAGAAGCAGACCCCAUAGGGCCAUCUGGCAUCUCCCACCAGUUCUCUAGCAAAUUCUUUCACGGUCCCUGGAAUUCUGCCGUCAAGAAAAACACCACCUUCCACAGGCAACUGUCAGAAAAGGAGCGUGCAACAUUCCUACUUUCAAAAGUUUCUACUAACUGCAAAACUCACGAAGACAAGAAGUGUUCUCUAAUCAGCCCAAGCAUAAGAAGAAAACUAGACUUGCCCCUGACUGAUCUGCACAACUGUACACAUAUCUCAAAAGUGUCUUCUUUGAUAAAGACCUUUAAUAAGGUUGACAACCAGGUCUCACUACUGAUAGCCAAGCAGCCGGCAAGCAGUGGUUGGACAGGGUGUCCGUUAAUUUGUGGAGACGAAACGGCUUUCUGGAGUGACAGAACAAUUGUAAACAUCCAAACGGGGAUCUCUGAACUUCCAGACCCGCGUCCAAGUGUAGCAGGCCCCAGCAAUCAGCGCAAAGGACACAGCAAAAUAGACCUGGCCUGUCUGAGGCUGCCUGUUUCUCAGCUUUCUCAGGCAAAGGCUUCGAAUGUACCCAAGUUCAGCAUCUCUGACAAGAUGAUGAAAACCAGAACUGGGAAAGCGAAAGAACUAGCCAGAAAAAGUAGCUUUCUCCACAGCGAAAAUAGCGCUUUUGAGUCGUGGAAUGCACACCAUAAAAAACGAAUUGAAAUAGGAGAGAGGAUGCCCAAAGAUGGCAGCCUCGGUUACUUUGAGGAAACGCCUUUCUUUAAGAAGCCUUGCGCUUCUGAGCCAAAAGCGAUGGGUGCCUUCAUGAUGGAAGAAAACGUCUCCAAUGAUCCUUCACCAAAGUCUCUCUCCAAGGCCUCCUUGCCUUCGGUGCCUCUGGAAGGGGUAUGUUUUCCCUCACCGGCUGAUGCAGAAAGUGCUGUUGCCCAACAGCUGUUGCCCCAGGUACUUGCACCUGUGUACGAGAGUCCUUCUCCAGCCUCCCUGACUUCUAGCACGCUUUUCCCACCAAGAAUGGGCCCCCCAUUUCCAGUGUCCAAGGUGCCAGCCUCCCCGCCCUCUUUCCCUCAGACCUCUCUCCCUCCAGAAGCAGCAUUCCAGCCCACCGAAGCGCAGGAAAUACUGACACCGCCACCGCCACAUGUUUCUAUAUUAGCAGAGAAAACCACCAAGCCAGACUUUGCACUUAGGGUAGGAAGUGGCUGCCCUCCACCCUGGAGGAAACAAAAGGCUACUCUUAGUAGAAUGAAACUGGCAGAAGUCAGAGCAGCCGAAGUGUUAGAGAUAAAAGAUUCCCUGUACAGAAAGUCACCCGAGGUCGCUCCUUUGGCCAAAACAUCUGCAGCUGAGUCACCUGUGGUUUUGUCUGACUCUUCCUUUGGCAUCUCGGCCCUGCUGGCUCCGGCCCUACACCUGAAGCCGAAGAACGAAGGACCACCGGGAAACCGGCUAUUAGUGGUGACUCCAUUCGUAUUGGAAGCUGCAGCAACGAAAGAAGCUGAGGAGAGGGCCUUUUACUCUCAGAAUGAUUACAAGUCUAAAGCACCACGUUUACUGUUUAACCUGAAGGACAUCCGAAAACGCGUGAAGAGCACUUACAGCCCCUCGCCUCUCCCAAGAGGCCUGGAGGACAAAAACAAGCUAAAAGGCCAGGCCCACCUGAAAGCAGAUGUUAUGGCAACCAGUGUGUUGGAUUAUAGCAAUAAAGACAUACUUGGUGGUGUUGAUAAAGUUAAUAUAUUUGAACAAAUGGACUACAUUCAGGAAAAGGACAAUUUCACCAGUUUAAAUGAGAAUUUUAUCAGUGAUGAUGUAAUGUUGAGCUUAUCAAAGUCAAGGGCAGGUAUUUUAAAGUAUCAAAAUAAGAAUCAUUUGCAGCAAAGUAAUUCAGUAUACCCAGAGGGCAUUGAGGUGAUUUCUGUGCACGAACACAAUAAAACUCAGCCUGCUUCUUCAUCCAAACCUUUCCUGACAGAGGUGGCAGCCGUACAGCAGGAGGACAGGCAGGAACAUAAAUAUGAAAAAGUCACUUUGGGUCAAGAUGCUGAUGAAUCAACUAAAAAUCUGUUUUAUCCAGCUGAAGGAAACAGAAGCAACAACGGAACCCAGGCCUGCUCCUCGACUGAAAAUGGCCCCCAGGGCAGAAGAAGCCCCGGCCCUUCUGAACAACCGGUUUUUACCAUGGCAGGCCAGCCUUUCCACGGGACGCCCUGUUCUCUGAUGCAGCUCUUCCAGAAAGCCUGUCUUCAAGAAAGCCAGAGAAGGCAGAAUGGCGUGGAUGGAGAAGAGCAGCAGGGCCGCCAAGAGAGAGAGAAAGCCAAGACAAAGGAUCUGCAUGACCACCUGCUCAGCAACUGUGGUUCUGCUGUGGAUGAAACAGACAAGGGGAAGGAUGAACAUGAGGAUGUCCCGCAAGAGGUGGCGUUGGAGGAGAAGGAAGAAGACGGCUGGAGAAGCACCGACUGCAAGGCGGAAAGCAAGGCUGGAGAGCCCCUCACGCCAGCCAUGUCAAGCCUGUUGAAGCCCACUCUGUUCACGAUUAAAGACAACACAUUUAAGUCGCCCCCUGUGACCAGAGCAAUCAAGCUGCCUCUGCUCAGGUCUUUGUCCUGUGAGGGAGCCGCUCCGAACGCCCUGGAGAGCCCCAAGAAUGCCAAGACAGACAGAGAG